AUGGAAGAUACCGUACUAUCAGAAUGCAUUAGCUGCGACGAACACUACUCGGUCCGAUCGCAACGUGAUUUUAUCUGGGCCCAAGAGAGACAACCUUCGGUCCAGUUACAUGCCUUUCUCGAACAACCAUCCAGGGACGACCCUUUUUCAACAUGGUCGAUCACGCCGAUUGAUCCUUCCUCCAACCUUACUUUUCGGCACAUCGAAGCACUGUGGCUUCGUCGUAUCACUUCAUGCGUUGCAUAUAUUCGUCGCCGUGUCCUCAUUCUCUUAUUUCAAACAUACGUUCUUGUUGGACCUGCAGCCCAGAUUCAUCAAUGUCAGCCACCGCAAGCUCACGCCGUGGACGCUCAGCUUGAUACGCGCGGCAUAGGAGCGCAGUUCGAAGAGCCCUGGACUCAUAGAUCGUCACUGCAAUAG